CUUCUCACCGCUUUCACUUCAACUCCACUUCCUUCUCUUGUCCUGCGAGUCAACAUCUCAAUUGACGUCCACAUCAUCUUCCAGCUGGGCCUGGAACUGGGACUGGGGACUCGUAUUCCCCACGCUACAUUGCAGGGUCGCAACGACGACCAUGGACGCAGGAUCCAGUAGAGAUGAGGAUGGCCUCAAUGCUAGCACUGCGAGCAAAAGCACGGCCAAGGCGUCCACAAAACGUCAACCCAAAGAUGCGGCAAAGCCAAAACCGCUACCGAGUACCUCUGGAACAAGGUUUCAGUGCCCGAGGUGUCCCAAGAAUUUCAGCCGCAUCGAGAACCUCACUCGACAUCAAGCCAACCACGAAGACGUGGGCAAGUUUGUGUGUGUGAUUUGCCGUAAGCGCUUCACAAGAAGUGACCUUCUCAAUCGGCAUCGUCGCAUCCAUGGAUCCCAAGCAGCAGAAGGUUCAAAACCGCACGUGACGAAUGAAUUUGCUUCAUCUUCUCAAUCUGGCGUUCCAGCCUUCGACCAAGAUCGUCGAUCGAAUUCUCAAGAGGGUUCGAGUAACCUGUCAAAUGCCUCGCCAAACACUACCUACCAGACUCAGAUCCAGCAACAUGUCUAUUCAGAUCAAAUGCAGGACAUGUAUCAACAGCCCUUGCCCGGACCAAGUGCGUCGAUGGUUCCAAAUCAGCAGAUGCAACCCCAAGGAUUGACUAGCUUGAUGGAAGCGGCACUUGCGCCGCAAGAUGCCUUCUCGUUCACACCAGUUGACAAUAUCAACCCGUCGCUGUGGGAUGGAUUCAUGCGAUUUGGAGACACAGUGGAUGUGUACAUGGGAUCUUAUGAUGCAGAUAUGUCUUGGACACUGGAUUACCUUUCUUCCGAAGCCUCGCCAAAUUAUCUAUUGGAUCAAGAUAUGCUUGGUGGAUUUGAUGAUUUUGGAAGAGAUCCGUGUGCGUACCAGCAACCUCUUCAAUUCAAUCAACCUACAGUCAACGACACAGAGGAUGCCGAAGCCGAUGAUGAAGAUACAACUGACUGGCCCGACAAAGUUGAGAAACCUGAUGGAUCAGAGAGACAUGCAAAUCGUGUCAUCCCUUUUCAAAUUCUUCCCAUCUCAUGGCAGCCAGUUCUUGAUGAAGCGCGAGCUAGCGGCUUCUCCUCGUCAACCAUCAGACCCUUUCAAACGCUCAACGAAUCACUUCGCCAGCUUCUGCUUUCAGAUCUCAAUGGUCUUAACUUCAAGAGCGAAAUAUCACGUCCCGAGAUAUCAGAUGCCAUGUUCCCACCAGUUGAAGUGCUUGACUUCUUCCUGCGUCUGUAUGUUCGGUAUAUUCAGCCACGAUUCCCAGUUCUUCAUCUCCCGACUUUCGACCUCUACAACUCUCCUCCUUUGCUUCUCGUGGCGAUGAUGUUCCUCGGAUCUAGCCAUUCCUCGGUUGAUCGUGGCCGCUUUUCUCGAUUGUUUCACGAGCAUCUUCGAAUUGCAUGCAUACGCAUACAAGAAUUGGACAAGAAAUUUCUACGAUCUGCUGAUAACAUCCUGACUUACUUUUUAUUAUGCUUGGCUGGCACCUGGAGUGGAAGCAAGCAUUCGUACGAGUUCGCAGAAGGAGGUCGUGGAAUUCUCGUUACAGCAUGUAGGAGAAGCCGAUUGUUGGAUUGCAGACAUUCCGCUAGAAUUGAGCCUGACGAAACAUCCGUCAGAGGCAUGCUGGAUGCUUCUUGGAUGGCUUGGAUUGAGACUGAGAAGAGAAAACGACUUGGUCUUUCAAUAUACAUCUUCGAUUGUCAAUAUCCUGCACUGUUCAACAACCAGCCUUACGUUAGCAAAGCAGAGACCACGAACUGUGUGUUCCCAUGCCCUGAAGAAUAUUGGGAAGCUCCUACAUUUGAAGCAUGGAAGAUGCUUCUUGGACCUGCAGAUAUGCCUCCGUCGACAUAUUAUCUGCAUGCCCUCAAUUGUUGCCUGCUUCGCAAGUGGGUGAAGCCACCACCACCGAUCGCCAAAACCGGCGAAUUUGGCAAGAUCGUCUUGAUGUAUGCCCUCCACACUCACAUCUUCGAGUGGCGCCAAGCAACAUCGAUGCUCAACCCUACUGGUUUGAUGGGAACAUUUGGUAAUUCGGCAUACGACAUGGGCGAAGGCCUUCGAGAACGACGAAAGUGGCUGGUAGAUGGACUCGAUUCUUUUGCUGAAUGCUAUCAUGGCCCUGGAACCUCUGUCGCGGCGUCACUCCUUCACCAUCUCGGAUACGUCUCUCUGGAUGUCAGUCUUUCAGACAUGCAUCUUGUGGCAGGUCGUAGCGUCAACAAGAACGACGCCAACUUCGCCGAGCAGAAUCUCAAGCAUUGGGCCAAUUCCGAGAUCUCAGAUAAUACGAUGAAUCACGUCUUCCAGAUGCUGGACCUCUGCCAUCAAUGCAUCAUUACUGGAACAGCUGCAGAUAGUAGUUACGAGAUUGCCGUGUGUUUGUUCACAGGUGGAAUGGUGUGCUGGGCAUUUGCGAAGCUGAGAAGGAAUGCGCCGAGGGAGCAGUACGUUGAACAGGUUAGAAAGGCGAGUAUGGCGUUGCGGCAGAUGGGUUGUUGGCGUAUGUGUAGUAUGUUUGGCAGGAUUUUGACAGGGUUUGAAGUUCCAAAGCAGGGUUGAGGGAAUACCGAGCUUUGAGGACUAGGUUUGAUACUGGAGGCGGGAAGUGGCAUUUGCUGGGCGAAAGAGGAGCGUUGAGCUUCGGUGGCAUGAUUAAUGGAGUGAUUUUGAUAAUGGACGGGUUAUUUGUUCAUUAUACCCCAAAAGCAAAAGGAUGGAUAGGUCUGCAGGCUAACAUACGGCGUCAAAAAUGGGAUUCGAGGGAAAGAAGGUUGUAAUUGGCAGUGGUUAAUGAUUAAUGACAAUGACAUUUCACAAG